GCUCUGUCAGCACCUUUCUGUAAAAAGAGUCUAGCGGAGAAGUACAAUCGAACCGCUUGUUACUUAUCAAACUCUUCAAAAGGAAGGUGAAAAGCCCCCAUCUCCAUCUUUUUAUUCUCUGAACGCCUUAGCAGAGGAUGGAGAACCAAAGCGGGACUCGAGUAAAAGAACAAACUACUAAACAAGAACAGACCAGGAUCAGGCCUGACCCGCCACACUCAAAUGACGAGAAGAGAAAACGCACUCGUUCAUUCCGGUCUGAAAAUCAGGGUUCUGAAGAAAAAGGUCAUUUCCAUUAUGAUGCAACCUCCCAAGCGAUUAGAGGUGAGAAGACUUGGUUCAACCGCAGCAUAUAUGAGCAAGCCGACAAUGCCUAUCAAACCUUGUUGAGCUCCGGGUCUGGAACCCCUCCCAUUUCAUCCUCCCCAAAAGAACGAUUUCCUCGCACCCUGGUCUUUAGGGCUAAAAGGAAUGGUGGUCAGCAAUACCAACAGGAGGAGAAAUACACACAUACACGUUCCUUUAACUCACGGGAACGCCAGCGGGGUUUGAACCACCAGCGCUCAUCGUCUGAACCCAAGACUGCUCAAAAGGCCCCCAACAGUGGCCGAAAGAGAGUCUACUCUGAGUCUGAACGCGCCCCUCAGAAAAGGGACAAGAUUACAAUGAGUGGACUUCAGGGACUCGCCCAGGAGAAUAUCUGGUUUGACAAGUCCAGAUAUGACGAGGCAGAGAGACACUUUUAUGAGGUCAAGAAUGGCAUCCCACAGACACCACAGGUGAAGACUGCUCUGCAGGGCAAUAAAGGGCACUCUCGCCCUCAAAAAACCCGGGAGAGGAAGACCAGUCAGAAUGCCAGUAAGUCUGAGGAUCAGAGUGAGCUGGUCUCUCGUUUGAAGAGUCUAGAACUAGACAACAAGAAUCUGCACAAAGUGGUGGAUAAUCUAAGAAGCAUGCUGUCCAAACUGGAGUCCAGGAUGGCUGUGCUGGAGAAGAGCAAAGCACCAGCUCCAAAGACAGCUGCUGUCACCAAGGCUGCUCCCGCCCAGAAGCCCAAGGUUGAGAAACACAGUGGUGCUGAUGAUGAUGAUGAUAUCGACCUUUUUGGCAGUGAUGAGGAAGACGAGGAGGCAGAGCGCAUCAAAGCGGAAAGAGUGAAGGAGUACGCAGCGAGGAAGGCCAAAAAACCAGCCCUCAUCGCCAAAUCCUCCAUCCUGCUGGAUGUCAAACCUUGGGAUGAUGAGACCGAUAUGGCCAAGCUGGAAGAGUGCGUACGCUCCAUACAGCUGGACGGGCUCCUGUGGGGAGCUUCUAAACUGGUUCCUGUCGGCUACGGCAUCAAAAAGCUCCAGAUCGGCUGUGUGGUUGAAGAUGAUAAAGUGGGAACAGACAUUCUGGAGGAGGAGAUCACCCAGUUUGAGGACUACAUCCAGAGUGUUGAUAUUGCUGCUUUCAACAAGAUCUGAGCCUCUCGUGUCAAAAAACACCUCACACUGGGUUACUGCUGCUUUUAUAUCACACGGUUACCAAUAAACUGUUCGGUUACAUGAACAAAAAUCA